AGAUUACAAAAUACCAGAGCCGCACUCUUCUUGAAUGUGACACCACGUUUCUCUGGUGACGUGUGGAUGUUGUUCACGGGAUCCCUUUUACUUCUGCAGUCAGCCGAGAGUUUUAAUCCCAUCGAGUGUCGUUGCUAAAGGCCAACAGAAGAAACCCCACUCUGUCUUACCUCUGUUACCAGAAUGCAUCUUACGACAGAAGAGAAGAUAGAGCUUGGAUUCCACUCCGCAUUUGGGGGCAGUGACGAACAGCCACAGCUGACUGACAUUGUGGAACCACACAUAGAUGAGUCUCUGGGACAGACGGUGGACCGUGGUGUAGAUUUGGUUUACUCCCUCAAUGAUAGGCCGCCAUGGUACCUCUGCAUUCUCCUCGGCUUUCAGCACUACGUCCUUGCCUUUGGUGGUAUCAUCGCAGUCCCGCUGCUCCUGGCUGAGCCUCUAUGCAUCACGGACAACAAUGUGGCCAAAAGCCAGCUCAUUUCCACCAUAUUCUUUGUGUCAGGAUUGUGCACUCUGCUGCAGACGGCCGUUGGAACCAGGUUACCAAUCCUUCAGGGAGGGACUUUCAGUUUCAUCACCCCUACUUUGGCCAUUCUUGCCCUGCCAAAAUGGCAGUGCCCAGCCCAAAGUACACCAGUGACCCCGUCCAUGCAGCUGCAGAAUCACACCAAUCCGCUGCCAGGGGAAAACGGCGAUGAAAUCUGGAUGUCACGAAUACGCGAGAUUCAAGGGGCCAUCCUUGUUGCCUCCCUGCUCCAGAUAGUCUUAGGCUUUUCUGGACUGGUGGGUCUUGUGCUUAAAUACAUCGGCCCUCUGGCUAUUGCUCCUACAAUCAACCUCAUUGGCCUGUCACUGUUCAUCGAGGCUGGGAAGAAAUGUGGCAGUCACUGGGGAAUUGCUGCUCUGACAGUCUGCCUGAUCCUCCUGUUCUCCCAGUACCUCAGCAAAGUUGAUGUUCCAAUGAUUACAUACAAGGACAAGAAGUGGAAGGUUUUCCAAUAUCCUCUCUUCAAGCUCUUCUCUGCGUUGUUCGGAAUGUGUGGGGCCUGGCUGGUCUGCUUCUUACUGACCGUCUUUGACGCCUUGCCUUCAAAGUCUAAUCAGUAUGGCUUCUCAGCAAGAACUGACAUCAACCUGAACGCUGUGACAAACUCGCCGUGGUUCCACAUGCCUUAUCCAGGUCAGUGGGGCAUGCCCACUGUGAGCCUGUCCUCAGUGUUGGGAAUGAUGGCAGGCGUCUUGGCAUCUACUAUGGAAUCCAUUGGUGACUAUUACGCUUGUGCUCGUUUGUCUGGUGCUCCUCCGCCACCCAUUCACGCUAUCAACCGAGGCAUCGCUGUCGAGGGCAUCGGCUGUAUCCUGGCUGCACUGUGGGGAACUGGCAAUGGCACCACCUCCUACAGCCAAAACAUUGCUGCACUUGGGAUUACCAAGGUUGGAAGCCGGUUGGUCCUCCAGACAACCGGAGUUCUGAUGAUUGUUCUGGGCGUCUUUGGCAAGUUUGGAGCAGUUUUUAUCACCAUCCCUGACCCAGUCAUUGGAGGCAUGUUUCUGGUCAUGUUUGGCAUGAUUGCAGCCGUGGGGAUAUCCAACCUCCAGUAUGUUGACCUCAAUUCUUCCCGCAAUCUCCUCAUCCUUGGCUUCUCUACCUUCAGUGGACUUGUGUUACCCACCUGGUUUCACUCCAAUCCAGGCAUCAUUGACACAGGAAUAAAAGAGCUGGACCAGGUGAUUGUGGUUCUCUUCACCACACACAUGUUCAUUGGUGGAUUGUUUGGGUUUCUUCUUGAUAAUACAAUUCCAGGUACUGAAAAAGAAAGAGGCAUCAACAGCUGGCAGGACAGGGUGCAAGAGGACGGCAGAAACUAUUGUGAUAUGUCAUGCUACGAUAUCCCUUUUUGCAGUCGUUUUUUAAAAAGGUUUAAAUGUUUCCAGUUUCUACCUUUUCUCCCAUCUUACAAAACCUCAAAAGAGGGAGUGUCCACAUAAAGAAGUGGUACCUUCCUGGUUAAUAUUAAUCCUCGUAACCGAAUUAAGCCAAAAUUGCUGUUGUUACCAUUGAACUUCACCUGUGAGGUGAUUGUGGUUUUUUAAAAUGUAACUUACAUGUUGAACUAAUAAACAAAAUGCAAGUUGUUUAUUUUCUUACCAAAUAUCCAGUAGGAUUUUGAUGUUGAAAUUAAAAAAGAUUUUUAAGUUUAUAUGCAUCAAUGUGUGGUUUAUUCCUAAAAUAGACCAAUUUCUCAAAAGAUCAUUACUACCUCAUGAUCAAUACUAACAGAACAGAAACAUUUUAUAUCAACUAUUUGUUUGACAUAGAAUUGUACACUACUUUUGCAGCUGUAUUUUAUGGUAAGGGUUAAAUAUCAUGUCAUUGUCUAGGUUUAGAGUCAAACCUUUUAAACGUGCCUUUGCGCUUAAAAAAAUGCAGUUUGCUUUUAUUAAUUUGUGUUAUGUAGUCC